CUGCAGAUUAACCGUUAUGUUCCGGGUUAGUUGAAAGACUUUUGUACUAUAUUGAACAUAAAAAUGUGGCACACACAAGCCAGUUUGCUGGCAGAUUUACACACUUAGAAACACUGGUUUCUCUGGGAUGACACCACACGCAGGUUCGCACUUCGCAGUUGGUCCUCAUCAGCGUUUGGUAAAUGGGAGGGCCUGCUGCCUGUCUGUCUGUCUGUGCGGUUCACAACUUUUUUUCUCUUUCUUUCCCUGAGGCUGCGGUGGAGACGGGAAGGAGGCCACAAGUCUGUGGCUGCCGGACGGAGCCGGAGGUUCUGCAGAGCGAACGUCAUGGUGCUGAAACCCCACGCGCGUCCUCUCCUGCUCACCGUCACCUGCCUGUGCUUCUCUGGAGGUCUGCUGUGGUCCUACAAGCAGGAGGAUGCCAUUGAAAGGGAGAAGUGCUCUGAAAAUAACAUUUCUACUUCAAAGUAUCCCUGCAUGAAGACCACUGGAGAAGUUACAACGUGCUACAGAAAACAGUGUUGCAAGGGCUUCAAGUUUGUAUUGGGCCAAUGUAUUCCUGAAGACUUUGACGUGUGUGCGGGUGCCCCAUGUGAGCAACAGUGCACAGACCAUUUUGGCCGAGUGGUGUGCACCUGCUACCCUGGAUACCGCUACGAACGCGAGCGCCACAGGAACCGAGAAAAGCCCUACUGUUUGGACAUAGAUGAAUGUGCAGACGUACACAAGAGUGCAUGCUCUCAGAUUUGCAUCAACUCCCUGGGGAGCUACAGGUGUGAAUGUGAGAAAGGAUAUUUCCUGGAAGGGGAUGGGAAAACAUGCACCAAGGGGGAAAGAGCAGUUCAUCUCUUUGAGAAGUGUGAUAAUGUUAUGAACGCGGGAACUUGUUCAGCCACAUGUGAGGAUUUCCUUCAGUUAAAGACGUCAGUCCUGCAGCUGCAGCAGAAGAUGGCUUUGCUGUCAAACAGUGCUGACGUUCCUGUGCAGAUGACUGAGGACAAAACCCUGACAUCACCUAUAUAUUUACCGGGGCCUCCAGGCUCCCCUGGACCUCCAGGGGAUCUGGGACCAAAAGGCUCUGCAGGACCGAUGGGAACUCCUGGUCCUCCCGGCCCUCGUGGCUUAAUGGGCCCCAUAGGACCCACCCCAGACCUGUCCCACAUCAAGCGUGGCCCUAGAGGACCUGUGGGGCCUCCAGGAGCUCCAGGAAAAGAUGGCCAGAAGGGGGAAAGAGGAUCUCCUGGGGCUGUUGGACCACCAGGCUCCCCUGGUUCCUUUGACUUCCUGCUUCUUCUAAUGGCAGAUAUCCGCAAUGACAUCGCUGACCUACAGAGUAAGGUGUACGGUCGGCCGAUUUAUUCUCCAGAGGACAACUUUCCGGCUGCGCCUGACAGUUGGAGAGAUGCCCAUGAUGGUGUGGAUGCAGGCUCUGGGGAGGACGACAAGGAAGUUCAUCCUCUAACAAAUAGAGGCUCCAAGAGGAGCAGAAAGAGAAAGCUGGCUCGAGACAAAACUCACUGAACAGACUGGAGUGCACACACAAGGGUUAUACAUACUUUAAGUGUAAAUAUGAAGUAUUUUCUUUAAUAUUAUUUAACUGAUUUUAUGCUUUUUUUUAUCACAGAUGUUUAUUUUUAUAUAAACAAAGUCAAGU